AUGAACGAUUACGAUCAGAUGAAUUUCCAAGAAGAUGUGAUUCCACCAGUUGGUGAAGUUAUCCAAGUUGGAGGAGAUGCGAGUAGUCAGUCUAAUGUAGAAGUAGAGAAUACAUAUGAAGAAGAGGUUGCACCUAAAUUGGAGGUUCAUGAUGAUCAAACUCAGUUGAUUUGUGAAGAAAGUAUGAAUAUUGACAAAGAUCUAUUUAACGACGACAUUCCUGGACAUGUCGACUUUGAACGAGGACGUAUGGUAUGUUUUUGGCUGUUAUUUUAUUAUGUCUUUAGGUUUCAAAGUUAGUGUACAUAGAUAGUUUGUAUACUGGGUGGUUUGGAAGAUCUGCUAGAGGUUUAUUGUGAACAACAACGUGUUAUAGAUCUUAUACUUGUUUUUUACCUGCUCUAAAGUAAUUUAAGGGUGCCUAUUUACUUUACUGUUUUAAGCAUAUAUCAGUGAGUAUUCACUUUGUUGUUUCAGAGCAAUUUGGCAGCAAAACGAGGUCAUCAACGCUUUAGAACAGAGCUGGAACCAGAAGAUGUUAAGCUAGUUAAUGGUAAGGGUUAGGUUUUAUUAUUGUGCUUAGAGAGACAUCUAGUUUGUAUAUUUUAUGUAGGCCAAGCAAAAGCAUUACUAUAUGUUUAUAUUAACUGGAAUAUAUAGAAUCUAUUUUCAGAAAUGGGACAGCUAACAGCAGAACAGUUGAUGGAUUAUAUGCGAAAAAUCAAGGAUCAAGCAUGUUGUUUGGGUAACGCACAAUGUAAGUGUUAAAAUUGCGGGUUUUAAACGUCGGAGACUUGAACAUUUAUUGUAAUUUGGUUUAAGAUGAAAGCGAAUGUAUUAGAGUAGCAGUUAAGCAAAAAAGAAAAAAGAUAAUUCUGUGUAAAAAGCGAAAAGCUAGUUAAAGUUCAAUCGCUUUUUGCUUGGUUACUAUUUUUUUCAAAUUAGAAUUCGAAUCAGACCGAAUUUUAAAGAUUACUUAUUUUUAUGUAUUUGAAUUUUAAUUCUAUUAAUUUUUUAAAUAUAUAAGGCCUAAAAGGUUUGUUAAUGUUGCUAUUGUAAGCGUUCAGUGUUGAGUUUCUGAGAUUUUUGAUUUGUUCUUUUUUUAUAGUGCAUUUUAGGUACAAGGCUAUUUUUACUUUUAAAUUUAAUUUGUUUUUCACAGUAAAAGUAGUUUAACGGCAAAAAUAGUCAAAAAUAGCUUUGAAAACAACGUGGUGUUGUUGAUUUGCACUGUAGAAGUGCAAAUGUUUGAAAACAAACGUUGUUUGUCUUUUUGAGUGCAUAUCAUUCUUAAUUUUACCUUUUUAAUUUCAGCAGAACAAUGUAAACGAGCUAAACUUUUGAAGAUCUUCCAGACGUGA